GGGGGGGGGGGUUGGAAAAAUACCGAUGGGAGCGGGGGGGAGUCGAAUUUUUCUGCUGCUCUCCAGUCUUCGCGCGGUUUGCACGUGUUGCAGGAAUUUUUUAUGAAAAAAUGGCGGAUUGUUGAUGAGUGAAAAUUUAUCGUAAAUUUUGAAGUAGAAAUAUCAAGAUUUACAAUGGCUGAAUAUGUAUUUCAAAAUGUGGAGGGCAUGCUUCCAGAGUUGGAAGAAAUGGAGAGGUUGGAAUUAUUCACCAAAGACGAAAUAAAGUAAGAAUUAAAUAAAUAUCAAAAUUGAAAUUUUCAAUUCAUGAAUUAUUAAAGUUGUCCUGGUCAAUAAAACUGGAUUUUACCAACAUUUGAACUAGAUCCAAGAUAGAUGGAGUUGAUGAGAGUUGGCAGGCAAGUGUCUCUCAUCAACUGUCAUCGGACCCAUCCUUGAUAUUCCUCAUUUGAACUAGGCUUUUCAUUACUACCAUUUUUAAAACUAGAUGUAUUGUGAAAAGGAGAACAGCAUUUGAAUAUAAAUUACAAAAAAGAAUAGUUCAGGAGGCUGAUUUUCUUCGUUAUAUUCAGGUGAGUUUGAAAUUUAUAGUUUUAUUUUUACCCCCCCCCCCCCCCCUGGGUAAACAGACAUAUCUGUAUUUUGCUGGCUAUGCCAAUUUCAACUCAUCAUUCAUUUCUUUAGAAAUUGAUUGUGUUGAUAGUUUAUAAACCCACAAGCAUGCAGCAAAUUAAAUUAAUUAAAAUUGCAUGUGCGUACCGGAAAUAAAAAAAUUAGGGGGGCAGAAAGAAAAUUGCCCGACUUUUCAUGAUUGUGCCCGACUAGUACCGAAAAAUUUUUUCCGGAAAAAUUAUUUUGCUGAGAUCGGAACCCCCCCUUCUGGUGCAUAUGGCACCAGGCAUAAAUGUGUGUCAUACUAACCAAUUUUCAUUGUUUUUUUUAUUGCAGUAUGAACUAAACUUGGAUCUUUUACGAAAGAGACGUAAAAAGGUAAAGGCUUCAAGACUGUAAAACAUUUAAAAACCCACACAACUAUUCAUCAUCCUUCAAAUUCAAUAGAAUGUUACUCUAUUAAUUGUAGUUUUAUAUUUGUAGCAACAUGCAAUUCAGCAAAAAAUUCUUCCUGGUGAAGCUGUUUUCAUUAAAAGACUACAUUUAUUGUUUCAAGUAAGUUAGUGCACCUUGGUUAGGUUUUUACUGUUGCUUAGGAACAUGCACAAGUCAAUUGCUCUGUUAUCCUAAAAUGGAAAUUUUUAAAAAUUUAGUCUGCGCUUAAGAAAUUUUCAAGUGAUGUCAAAUUAUGGUUACAAUAUAUUGAAUUUUGCAAACAAGUGGUGAGUUGUAAUAAAUAUUUAUUUGAAAAUGUUACGUACUGUAUUUUCAUCUUUUAUUAUUUAACCCCCUUCUAAUAAGCAUCCAGUUUAGAACCACUAGAAAAAAUGAGCCAUCAGGGGGGUAAAUAGAGGAAAUACUGUAUAUCUAAUUGAGUGAUUGAUCUAUUGAUUGAGUGGCUGCUGAUUAUAUUGAAUUGUUUUCUGCGUUAUCAGGGUAGCAUCACAGCGUUAGGACGGGUUGUUGGAAGGAUGUUACAAGCCCAUCCUAACAACACAAGUAAGUUCCAUCAGGGUACAUUGCCACUUGAAGAGUUAAGCAAAGACCUUUCAUCUGGGAGUUAGUAUCCACCAAAUUCAAUGUUCUUUUCUUCAUUAUAAUACGUAUUGUAAUAAUUAAAAAAACAAACUUUGACAGGCUUGUGGAUAACGGCAGCAAAAUACGAAUUUGAAGAUAGAAACAACAUAAAAACAGCAAGGUUAAGAUUCUUUUGUACAUUUCAAUUUUUAGUAUUUACUCCAGUAUUAUUUCAGUAAUUUAUUCCAUCGUUCCUUUUGAACAUUUAGGACUUUGUUGCAAAGAGCCUUGCGAUUAAAUCCAAAAUGCAGCAAUCUUUGGUUAGAGGUUAGUCUCAACAUUAUUUUAGCUUUUUUACUUUUUUGUAUUCAGUCAAAGAUUUUAUGUUGUAAGAUAUGUUUCCAUUUCUUUCAGUAUUUUAGAUUGGAAUUGUUGUAUGUUGACAAGGUUUGUUCAUAUUUUAUAAAAAUGUGUAUUAUUUUUUUCAUUGCUGUGAAGUAUUUCAUUUUUUGUCCCCAGGUUAAGAAAAGAAGAAAGUUGUUAGGAGUGGAUGCUGGUAAUGAAGAGGUGAGAAAUCUUGAGACAGAGACAACAGUUACAAUCCUUCUUUUUACCAAAGUACCAUAUGCUCUUUCAAUUACAUGUAAUUCUCAUUCUUUCUGUUAAAUACCAUUUUUUUCCAUUGACUCAUUGACUGCCUCUCCAUGUCCUCUAUUAAAUGAGCUCCUUAGCCACAUUUUUCUAAUAAGCUAUAAAGCUUUCUCUAAUUGGCCCUGUAAUUACUUAAUUAGUCUUCUAAUUAGCUCUCUAAUUAGCCUUCUAAUUAGCCCUCUAAUUACCCUUCUGAUUACCCUUCUGAUUAGUCUUGUAAUUAGCCCUCUAAUUAACCUUCUAAUUAGCCCUCUAAUUACCUUUCUAAUUAGUCUUAUAAAGCCCCGUUUACACUACGCUCAAUUUUUGGUACGGCACGAAUAAAAUUGGUACCCGUACCACUUUUUUGGUUCUUGGACUACCUAUUUAGCUAAGCCCUGUUUACACUAUGCUCAACUUUUGGUACCGUACCACUUUUUGGUUCUUGGACUACCUAAAUAGGUAGUCCAAGAACCAAAAAAGGGGUACGGGUACCAAUUUUAUCCGUGCCGUACCAAAAAUUGAGCGUAGUGUAAACGGGGCUUAAUUAGCCCUCCAAUUAACCCUCUAAUUAGCCCCACUUCACCUAACUCCACUUUUUCUAUUAAGUAAUCCUCGUUGUCCUUAAACUUUCCUAACCAACUGUUCUAGGAUGCUGAAGAACCAACAUCCAGUGACUUCAUAUCUGGGAAAACUGCGAGAAUUGUUUACAAGAAUGCAAUACAAAAUAUCCCGGGUACAUGGAGUUUUUUUAUUUUCUGCAUAAAUCCUUACCAAGUUAAUGACGUUGAUAUGCGCAUAUGUUUUUUUCUUAUUGAGUCUUAAUUGUACUGAACGUUUCACAGAUGAUGUUGAAUUUCGUUUGAAGUUCAUCAACAUAUAUUAUCUCUCUGAUGAUUGGGAAGAAGGAAUUGAUGAGGUCUAUCAAAGGUGAAUGGUCAGAAUAACUUAACCACGAUUAGGAAAAUCACAGAUGAAAGAAAGAUAUCACUAUGGGAAUUGUAACAUAUAAUGUAGAAUCCAAUAAGGCACCGCGUUCCAUUUGAUUUAGAGAUUUGAUUCCGUUUUAGUUUGUCAGAAGAUCUUGCCAACUCGGCAGAUGCCUGGAAUGCUUUGGCUUGGCGUGGUGUCAAUAGAGUAAAAGCUGUAAAAAACAAUAUUUCUAACAUGACAGGUACAGUGAUAGUGAUAGUAGCAGCUCUCUCUCAAAUUUCAAAGGGAGUUCAAAGAGAGCCUGUUAGCAGGCUACAGUGAUAGCCGUACGAAUGAAUUUCUGUGUAAAAAAUGGAACUGGGGGAAUUUUUGUCAGCCGUCGUGUGAACAUAUUCUAAAGACAAAGUGUUCAUUACUUUUCACUCUAAGAUUCAGAAUGGCUCGAGUUAGAAGCAGAAAGAAACAAAAUUUUUCAAGAAGCGCUAAAGAAUAUAGAAACAGGUAAAGUUUCCUCGUAAGGUAUCCUGGUCACUAAGCACUAUCGUGCAGCAGAUGGUGGUCAAGCUGUCGUUAUCAGAGGGAAAAAAUAAUGUUAAUUCUUUUCAUUAUAUGUAAUAGUCUUGCAUUUGGUGGCAAAGAAAUAAAAUGGCGAGAUUUACCAAUUAAGUGUUCUUGUUCCUAUCAGUGUCAAUAGGUCCGAAGAUGACCCAUCAAUGCACUUUCGUUUCAAUUUGUACACUUGCCAUCAGAUAGUUGAUUUUUAUACACUUCUGGUUUUUAGAGAUGAUGUGGGAUUAUUACAUGGAAGCUUGUUUCAGUGACGUGGAAAGAUAUUCUGGUUCAAUCCUUCAAAAGGUUCAGUGAAUAAAUUGAAUGAUUUCUGUGUGUAGUCGAUGGUUUUGUCUUCUUUCAUUAGUCGUUCUUUUUUAUACUUUUUUUAUUCUUCUUUGUUUCAGAAAGUAACCGACCUUCUGCAGUUAUUCCAAUCAGCUAAUAAAGCGAAGAAGCUGUCUGCAGAAAAAUAUUUAUUAUGGGUGAAUAUUGUCUAACACACCUGGUCUACAAUAUACUUUUCUUUUGGUAUAGACAAACUGUUUCACCUAAAAACGGUCAACCUCGGAUUGUUUAAUAAAAUGAUCAUUCAUUGAAUUACCUGAAUUAUGUUUUUAUUAUAGAUUAAAACACUUCUACAAAAUGGCAACUCUAAAGAAGCUUCGAAAGUUUGUAAACUGUCGUUGAAGGUUUUCCCCAGUUCUGUCAUGUUAUGGAAACAGUACUUUAUUUUACAGUUAUCAGGUAAAGUAGUAUAUAGUGAAACAUUUUGAGCAAGUAGCGCGAUUUAUAAUAAUGGUUAUAUGUAAAUGCUUACAGUAUGUUUAAUUACCUUCAGAUAUCAGUGGUUUGACAGCGGAUUUUCUCGAUGAAUUUUGCGAAGCAGUGGGCCAGCUUGAUUCAGAUCACGUAAGAAAUAUUAAACUUUGCACCUUUCAUUCCUUUCAUACAGUACUACGUUGGGUUUUUCCGGUUUUUCCUUGUAUAGUAACACUGGAUCAAUAAGAGAUGACUCUUACUGCUUCUUUAGGAAGAGCAGCUUAGAAGUGAUAGAGCUAUUCAGUAUAAAUAAAAGUAUAGUUUAGUAUAGUGAUACUGGAUCAAUAAGAGAUGACCCUUACUGCUCCUUUAGGAAGAGCAGCUUAGAAGUGAUAGAGCUAUUCAGUAUAAAUAAAGUUAUAGUUUAGUUUAGGAUUCCUCCUGUAGUAACACUGGAUCGAUAAGAGAUGACCCUUACUGGACCUCUUGGAAGAACAGUUUAGAAGUGAUACAGCUACAGUAUAAAUAAAGUUAUAGGUUAGUUUAGGUUUCCUCCUGUAGUAACACUGGAUCAAUCCUUGAUGGCGCAGAUAGAGCCAGCAUAUAUAAAGUUAGUUUAGUUCAUAUCUUUUGAUAAUUUGUAACCUUUCAUUUUCUUUCCCAGGAUGUUAUGUCGAUGUGGAAUUAUUGGCUGGAACUUUCGAUGUCUCACGAUGCAUCAGAAGCACUACAACGUGUAUAUAAUGUAAGUUCCUAAACUAAACAAACCUUUUUACGCUUGGACAGCUUUAUCAGUUCUAAACUGUUCUCCCUAUAGUCCUGCAGUUUCAUCAGUUGUACAUUUUCUCUCCAGCGCUGUAUAACAGUGUGCACUAACAAUGAAGCAAUCACGAAAAUUAAUGAAUCUUAUCUCGAGGUGGUUGUUUUAAAAGAUGGUAUAAAAAGCGCACGACAACUUUAUAAAAGGUACUGUACAAUAAUACUCAAUACUGUUUUCAUAUCUCUAUGAGAAUCGGAGAAUUUUCAUUUUGUAAAACGCCUUGUUUAUUCAUUCGUGUUAGGUUAUGCAAAGAUAAUUCAGUGUCCGUCUCGUUUUACCAAAAAUGUCUAAGCAUUGAACAGUCACAAGUAAGUUUUGAUCUACGUUUGAAGGAUAAAAUUGCUAAAUGUGGAAAUUAAGUCACUGCUUCAUUUAAUGACUCCACUUUUAGGCAGUCCCAAGCCUUAGACACCUUCGGAAACUGUAUGAAACAGCGCUAGAAAGUUUUGGUUGUGAAACGCCAGGUAUGUUAGUCAAAGUUGAUGUGGGCUACAGGUGCGUUACUUGUUUAAUUAGUUAGUCUGUCAGUCAUUAACCUUAUUUCAUACGCCACAGAUCUUUGGUUGGAUUACAUCAAGUUGGAACUAACAGAUGGUGAUUCAGAGAUGGUCAGUAAGUUACAUUGGCGAGCAAUGAAAUCUCUCUCUGGUGACAAUGUCGAACAAUUUGUGACUAAGUAUACUUUACUACAACACUCUGUGUAAUUUAACUCAGUCUAGGUAGGUUUCACCAAGCACUGUCGUCCAGCAGAUGGUGGUCAACCUGCAGUUAUGUAUUUGGCCACAAAUAGAAGACGGAUUUAUGUACAAAUAAAAGACUGGUUUAGUUUAAUUUUCUUACUCCUAUAUUAAUGUCAAUGUCUAAUUAUAUAAUGGAAAAAUAAAAUAUCUAUGUCCAUCUAAGUAUGAACAAUCGCAGAUAAAGACAUUGAAACCCUUCAAAUGCAUUUGACAAUCAUUGAAAUUUCACGUGAGAAUCGACAAUAGAGACCUUAAGAUUGACGUUUACGGCAAACGUCAAACCGCUAGCGAAGUUUUUGAUUUUACAGCUCUAUUAUUGUAGCUUUUACACCAGUUUUGAAAUAUGUUAAACCUGUGGUUAAACUGAUUAAACUUCUGCUCUUUAGC